GCUAGAAACUAGCGUCAGUAUGCCGACGAAACACAAAAUUAAGGAGCGCUAGUGUAUAUUGACGAUUGUCGUUUAGUGAGUGUAAUUUAGUUGUGUAAAAUAUUAGAGGUUAUGUAGAAAAAAAGGAUUUAAAGUGAUAUUAGUGUGAAAAAUAAAAUUGUAUAAAAUGGAGAAAAGAAAAGAGACUUUAUGUGGGUCCCAGAUGUGUCGGUUUUGUUUAUCUCAAACAACGCCGUUAUUGAACUUGUAUGAGAAAAAUCAAUCACCGAGGGAUUCUGCUAAUAUAAAAUUUAAAAUAUUAUCGUGCCUUUCUUUAGAGGUAUUUCCUUCAGACAAGAUGCCUGCAUACAUAUGUGAGCGUUGCAAAUUCUUUAUGAACAUAUUCUAUGAAUUUAAAAAGGUCUGUCGACAAGCGGAUGAAGUUAUUCUUAAAUAUAUUCAAAAUGGUACAUCAUUUCAAGCUUUGUCAUGGCCUAGAGAUCUAUCUAAACUGUAUAACAAUCAAAAGAAACAAUCUAUAGUUAAAACGGUUGUGGAGAGUGGUGCUACUGUACAAGUUUCGUCACAAGAUACUUCUGAUACAGAGGAUGAAGAUGCCAACAUUUACAACAUUAAGAUAGGUGAUGGUAAUGAUGAGGAAAAAACAACACAAAUUAAAGUAAUAACCAGCAACGAGCAACAAGAAAAGAAAAUAUCUCAAAAAGAUACCAUAGACAGGUUUCCAAAAGCAAGAGUAGAGGAAUUGGACAAGGGUUGUUGGCCGUGUGAUGAGUGUGAUCGGACCUACCCAUUACAACAGAUGCUGCAGUUACACAAACGGCAAAAGCACAGAGCCAGGAAUAUUCAGUGCAACCAAUGUGAUGCCAAAUUUUUUACAAAGUAUGAUCUGAUGGUACACCAGCUGCGUCACUCUGAUGAAAUGCCAUUCCAGUGUGUUGCAUGUGAUAAGAAAUUUAAGCGACUAAUUAUUCUAAAAAGACAUGAAAAGAUAAUGCAUUCAGAUUUACUGCAGCAAAGUUGCCCCAGCUGCCCGGCGACUUUCCUUUCCUAUGAGGAAUUGACAGCACAUCAACAGAGACACAACCGGCCUAACAAUCGUAGUUAUGCAUGUGAUAUAUGUGAUAAGGCGUUCAAUAUUAAAUCUGGUCUCCAAAGACACAAAGAUACGGUCCACAAUAAGGUUGCUGAAUUCAAGUGUGAAUAUUGUCCUGAGCGGUUUGGUUCAAUACCGAAGUUGGCGCGACACGUGCGCACGCACGCGGGCGAACGGCCGUACCCCUGCAAAUAUUGCGAUAAGAGUUUCCUAAAGUCGCAACACUACACAAGACACCUCCGCAUUAAGCACCGAGACAACAUGCGUUUAUCGCGUAACCAGGAACAGGAGGACAUGUACCGUUGCGAGCAGUGUGAGGAAACGUUCAGCACACAAGACGACCUUAUAUACCAUUCCGCUAUACACGCCACACAGAACCUCACCUGCCCACUGUGCGAGGAGAAGUUUGAUAACGUCGAUAGCGUCACUGCGCAUAUCAAGUCUCAUGUUAAUGGUCUGGAGUUCAUGUGCGACUUUUGUGAACUCAUCUUUACUACCAAAGACAAGUACGAGAACCAUUUGAUGCUCGCCCACGAAGAGGAGAUUCAAAAUGAAUUAGGCGAAGAGGAUUCAUCAAUGGGAUUGGAGGGCGAUGAUGAUGAAGAUGAUAAUGCAAUUCAAGUUAAGGACGAAGGUGAUCACAUGGUCAUUGAAAUAAAGAAAGCAGAUAAUUUUAUGAUUAAUCAAGAAGCUCAGGAGGAAUGUGAAUAUAAGGGAGAUAAUACUAAUUCUGAAGAAAGCGAAACGGAAAGCUCGAUCCUCGCAACGCCAGCCCGUGAACCUUCACCGGUAGUAACACUUACAAACACAAAAGAAAUAACAAGUGUGGAAAAAGUGCAGAAGCCAAAACAGAUUCAGCCGCAAGCUACAGCUAUAUCGACUCAGGUUGAGGCAAAGACUUUGGUGCCGACACCUAUAAUACCGAUACAAAAUGCGGCCCUGCCAACGCGAACUGUGGCCGCAAAUCAACCGAAGAGCACUAAAGCUUCGGUUAUUACUAAAACCAAUAAUCAGGCUGUAGUAACGGUGCGGAAAGCAGAGGAAACAAAGCGCAAGGCAGCUGAACCUCCAGCUGAAACACAAGCCAAGAAAGAAAAAAUCAACAAGGUGGAAAGCAGCAAUAGCGCCGGCUUCAGUGAUAAAUCGCUGAGGCUUUUAGAAAAGGAAUUGCAAGAUCUGAAAAGGACAAAUUCACGUUCAGACAUGACAAAGACUGCAACAGUAAAAGUUGGUGAUACACCAAAAGGUAGACGUCCGCAAAUUAUUACAUCUACGCCUAAAUUGAGAUCUAACGAUGAUAAAAAGUCGCAGUUGCAAAGUAAAUCACCAGCUGUUGACAAAAAGCAAUCAGAAAAACGCGUAACCAAGGAAAAUAAAGAGCCUAAAGACGCGAAGGAAAUGAAAAACAAUGGAAAUAAAAAAGAAGAUGAAAAAGAAAAGGAGCCCAAGGAAACGCCUAAAAGCGUUAUUAAAAACGGGACAAACGACAAGUCCAACAGCGACGAAGGCAUCCGCCGUUCGACACGUCCGUCCAAAAUCAAGGACUACGCGAAAAUGAUACGCGACCGCUCGCAAGGCAACUCAGAUGAAGAUGAGGACUCUGAUGUGGAUGAUGAGGAGUAUAUGGAAGCCAGUCCGGAGCCGCGUCAAAAACGAAGAAUUAGUGUGAAGUCGACAUCGAAGCAAACCACGCCGACCGCGGUCGCGGCAACAACACCGACCCCCCACCAGGUCACGCCCACUCCGAGGAAAAGAGGACGCCCACGCAAAGACACACCAAAAGAAGUUCCAGAAAAAAUAAAGAAAGAUGAAAAUACAGUGAACGAUAAUAAUACUCCGCAAAAAACGCAAGAAAAUAAACCAAGUGAAGAAGUGAAACUGGAUAAAUCCGCAAUUCCUGAAACAAUGUCUUUGAAUACAACUGGGGCCGAACAAGCGUCACCUGAACAAAAGUUGCAAUCAAAUAAUAUAAUUCUCUCUCCUACAGGACAGACACUGAAAAAGGUACCAAUUAAAGCCUUGCCGCCUGGAAUUAAACCAUUGCCAUUGCCAAUGAACGCACGUCCAAUGGGUCAAGGUGAAUUGUGUGAAAUGCAGAUUGGCAAAAAAGUUGUGAAGGUGCAAAAAAUUGUUAUGACGAAAGCCGAAGUAGAAGCUAUGGCUAAAAAAGGACUAGUUGAAAUGAAGGAUGGCACAAUGGUUUUAAAGCAAGGUAUAAAAUUGCCAACAGCAACCGCAGGCAAUAAAGAUGCAAGAGAUUCUCCCACUAAGAAGGAUAAGGCAGUUCCAACAAGAUGUGAUCUCGGAGAUGAUUAAAUAUAUUUCAUAGUUUUUGUAGUUUAAUGAAAUAGAUGGUAAAUUAUGUUAUUUUCUGUGAAACUGUAAUAGGAUGUAUUGUUAUUAUAUUAAGUUUCUUUUCAUGUUAAUCUUACCUCAGAAUAUCGACAUCAUGUCAAUCAUAUUUUUUUAUUUUUAAGUUAAACAGGUUUGACGCUUGUAUCAAUCAAGAAAUAGUAAUUUCCGAAUGUGUGCUAUAACUACAUCAAUGUUAAAUUUUGGUCUAAGUAAGAAUAUUUUUCUAUUCUAAGCCUAUGUAUUUUAAUAAUAUUGUAUACAAAUAUACAGUAUCUAUGAUUUAAGAAUAUCAAAAUCAAAAAUCUCUGUACAGUUUAGCUGUAUGCACAUUAAAAUAUUAUGUUUAAUUUAGUAAAUAAAAAUUUAUACUA